AUGGUAAAAAAAAAACGCAAAACUGAAAAGUUGUAUGUAUUUGGAGGCUGGAUUCUUGGACCAAUAGCUUGCAAGCUAAUUGUCUAUGGUCAGAUUGUCACCUUAGCGAGUUCCACGUUUAUUUUGACAUCUAUGAGUUACGACCGCUACCAAGCCAUCUGUCGGCCACUACGCUCACGAGGCGGUGUGGCUCAAGCCAAAAGAAUGAUCAUUGCAUCUUGGAUCCUUGGUGGCAUCUUGGCCAUCCCUCAACUUUUUAUUUUUGUCGAAGUAGAGAGUGGAAUUUCUACAAGUGGUCGUGUACGUUAUGAAUGUGCGAGUAAAGGGUAUACCGCUAUGUGGCAAAGAAAGCUUUACUUUACGUGGCUCACAACCUAUAUUUUAAUUAUUCCUAGUACGUGUAUCAGUUACUGUUACGUUAACGUUCUUCGCUCUGUGUGGAUGGCGAGUCGAGAUCAGAACAAUGACUCCAGCGCCAUCUAUCUCCGAAGAUCUGUAAACGCUGCUUCUACUUUUCCCAGAGCGAAAAUCAAGACCCUGAAAUUGACAGUUUGUAUCAUAGCCAGCUUUAUCAUUUGUUGGACACCAUAUUUUAUUGUUCAUAUCAUUCGUAUAUACAGCAAUUACACUAUAAUUGUGCCGAAACCCAUAAUCAUAGGAGCGGAAACCCUGGCAUUGCUCAACAGUUCUCUGAAUCCCAUAUUUUACGGCUAUUUCAAUGUUCGAGUUCGAAAGGGAUUCAUAGAAAUUGUGUACCGAAAAAAAGACUCGUCAAGCUGCGAAGCCGUUAACCAGUCAGGUAGUAAUGCAGCAGAAUCAGUAACGGCGUACAGUAGCUAUUACAUUCAGAACCAAAAUGGAAUUAGAAACAAAACUGAACUUGUCACCACAGAUGUUCGCUUAAGUAUUCGAAACCUCCCUCUCAGAUAUCCACAGAGACUUCAUCAUCAAAAGCCAAGACGUAGUUACGAUUGUACAAGAGUCUAGAUAAUGUCUAACACGUCUAGAAAAGGUAUAUCAUUCGAAGAAUUUUCAUCAACAAACAAGUUAGAAAAAUAACGUCUGCAAAAUAUCUUAUAUUACUACAAAAUGUUGUAGUAAAGAGUUCAAAAUUACUGUCGUAUUGGCGUAAUAAUUAUUGUGACCUACAGGCAAAGUCUGAAAACAGGAAUGGCCCCUGCCUAUGGUGAAAUCUAAAUUGAGCUAUUGAUUUCGGUACAAGUUUCAACACCUGGUUAAAUAUUAACAUUAAAGAACAGUUAUCCUGGAACAAGAAUUGAAAAACGUGUGGGUAUGAGUAAGAAUUCGUAAAUGAUAACUUCACGAUGACUUAGAUAAUUGGAUUGUAAUAAAACACGUAUAUGAGAAGUUACAGAAGAGUAGUUUGGAUUUCUAAUGAUCCUGAAAAGGCUACCUUGGCUCAGCUUUGACUAUUUUAUUGUGAUGCUAAAAAAAGGCCGUUUAGAUUCGAGCAUAACUUUAUUCGUGCGAGUA